CUCAUGAGAAAACGAUUAAAAGUUUGGAAGUAACCAUGACUGCAGCUGCUCUCAUUGGAGACCAGCUGAUCCUUGAAGAGGACUACGAUGAGAACUAUAUACCCUCUGAACAAGAGAUCAAAGAGUACGCAAGAGAAAUUGGCAUUGAUCCCGACAGUGAGCAGGAGCUCCUGUGGCUGGCCAGGGAGGGCAUCGUUGCCCCUUUGCCUCCUGAGUGGAAGCCUUGCCAGGACGUGACAGGGGACAUCUACUAUUUCAACUUCUCCACGGGCCAGUCCACCUGGGAUCACCCCUGUGACGAGCACUACCGCCGCCUGGUGACUCAGGAGCGUGAGCGCGCCCAGCUCACGGCCGCCGCAGGAGGCACAGGGGCGAAGAAAGACAAGGACAAGAAGAAGAAGAAAGAAAAGAAGGAAAAGAAAGAGAAAAAGAAAAAGGAGCCACUCAAGACUCCUGGAGCACUGACUUCAGCCUUGGGGCCGUUACCGUCCCCGCUGGGCAGCCUGGCUCCUCUGAGAGGUCUUGAUGCCCCUGGCCCAGGCCCACUCUCUGGGCCUGUCCCUGCUCUCCGAGGGUCCCUCAGCAGCUCUGGGGGGCUGGAGCCCCUCAAGACUUCCCUAGGGGGUCUUCGAAGCAGUGGGGCAUCUAGUGUUUUAGGCAGCAGGCAGGAGGAGAGAGUGUCCCUUACUCUGCCUGGUUUUGAUGAUGACAAUGAUGAAGACAAAAUCUCAGAAACUGAGCCGAGUCCUCGUGGUUCAGACAGGCUAUUGAAGAACCUCCACCUGGACCUGGAUGCUCUUGGAGGAGGCCUACAGUAUGAGGACAGUGAAGACAGUGGUCGAGCUCCACCGGAGGAGAGGACAGAGCCGGAGCUGCAGGACUUGGCCCUGUCUGGAGAACACAGCCCUGAACCACCGUCCCAACAGGAGUCUGACACCAGUAAAAACAUUGAGGAGGCUUCAUCCUCCAUAGAUGUCAAGCUGUCGGAGAAGGUUCUGGACAUCAACGAGCUGUCUGGCACUGUCAGUCCACUGGAGAAAGAUGACAGACAGGAAACAAAAGAAGAAGAGGAAGAGGAGAAUGAAGAGGAGGCAAAGACAAAGGGCUCUGCAGCAGCGUCUCCUGUCUAA